CACAGCACAGCGCACCUCAGUGGAGGACUGAGCAUCAUCGCUCUCGCUCACAGAUCAAUAGAAGAUACAGUACGGGCCGCAGAGAGACGGGGCAGCAAUGAACAAAACACUUUACAGCCAAUAUGAGGAGAAGGUGCGGCCCUGUAUUGACCUGAUCGACUCCCUGCGGUCUCUCGGAGUGGAGAAAGACCUGGGCCUACCAGCCAUCGCUGUCAUCGGAGACCAGAGCUCGGGGAAGAGCUCUGUGCUGGAGGCUCUGUCAGGAGUAGCCCUGCCCAGGGGGAGUGGCAUUGUUACAAGGUGCCCCUUGGAAUUGAAGCUGAAGAAGAUAAGGGAAGAAGAUGACUGGACAGCGAAAAUAAGCUACCAAGGUCAUGAGGAGGACAUUUUACUUCCCUCCGAUGUGGAGCAGAAAAUCAGAGAAGCUCAGAAUGAGAUGGCAGGUGUUGGAGUUGGCAUCUCGGAUGAGUUAAUCAGCCUGGAGAUCGCCUCAAGUGAUGUCCCAGACCUGACCCUGAUCGAUCUGCCUGGGAUUGCUCGAGUGGCUGUGAAAGGACAGCCAGAAGAUAUUGGUGAACAGAUCAAGAGGCUGAUAAGGAAGUUCAUACAGCGGCAGGAGACUAUCAACUUGGUGGUGGUGCCCUGCAAUGUUGACAUUGCAACAACAGAGGCCUUGCAGAUGGCCCAGGAGGUGGACCCUGAGGGAGAGAGGACUCUUGGUAUUCUGACAAAGCCUGACCUGGUGGACAAAGGGACAGAAGAGACCAUUGUGGAGAUCGUCCGCAACCAGAUCAUCACCCUCAGUAAAGGCUACAUGAUUGUCAAAUGCCGAGGGCAGAAGGAGAUCAAUGACAAGGUGUCUCUGGAUGAAGCAUCUGAAAAGGAGAAGACCUUCUUUGAGGACCACCCAAAUUUCAGCACACUUUUGGAAGAAGGAUAUGCUACAAUUCCUUGUUUGGCUGAGAAGCUAACUCUGGAGCUGGUGGAGCACAUCAAUAAAUCGCUGCCGGCAUUAGAGGAACAAAUUGAAGCCAAGCUUGCAGAAACCAGUGCCGAGCUUGAGAGAUAUGGAAAGGGACCACCAGCAGACCCCAUGGAGAAAAUGGGUUUCUUGAUUGAUAAAGUCACUGCUUUUACUCACGAUAUCAUUAAUCUGACUACCGGUGAAGAACUGAAGAAUGGACGCAAAAUGAAUCUGUUUGCAAAGCUGCGAAUGGAGUUUGGUAAAUGGAAGGAACAGCUUGAUGAAUCUGGGAUCACAUUCAGACAAAGAGUCGACAAGGAGGUGAAUCAAUAUGAAACCAACUAUCGAGGGAGAGAACUCCCUGGCUUCAUCAACUACAAGACCUUUGAAAUGAUGGUGAAGGACCAGAUCAAGCAACUGGAAGAGCCAGCCAUUAAGAAGCUAAAAGAUGUUACAGAUAUUGUGAAAAAGUCAUUCAUACAGGUGGCUCAGAAUGAUCUGACUGGCUACCCAAACUUACUGAAGGCUGCCAAGACCAAAAUCGAAGCCAUAAAACAGAACAAAGAGGUCAUUGCUGAGUCUAUGUUGAGGACGCAAUUUGAGAUGGAGCUCCUGGUGUACACUCAAGACAGUAUCUACAGCAACGGCCUGAACGAAGUGAAAGAAAACGAGGCUGGGGGGAAAAAAGUAGUAAGCCAGGUGCCUUACACUAUCAACAGCCAGGUCACUUUACAAGAAAUGAUGUAUCACCUCAGAUCCUAUUACAACAUCGCCUCCCAGCGCCUCGCGGACCAGAUCCCCCUUGUCAUCCGGUACCUGAUUCUGCAGGAAUCGGCGUUGCAGCUCCGGAGAGAGAUGCUGCACAUGCUGCAGGAUAAGGAUAGUGUGGACCAGCUCCUGAAGGAGGACCUGGACAUUGGCAACAAGAGAAGCGUCCUGCAGAACCGCCUCAAACGCCUGACCAAGGCGCGGAGCUACCUUGUCAACUUUUAACACUUCAUCCUUCCAUGCAGGGGCACAUGCAGCGGGGUUAGGACUCAGUAAUUCUGCAGUCAAAAAGUGUCUAGCCUUACAGAAAAUUGAUCAUUCCAUUUAGAAAUCAGCCGGGUGGCAGUCCUAGCUAGAUGUGUGUAUAAAGAUACUUAAUAAUUCUGUACUGUAUCGUUUCUUUAGGGCUUAGUUGUAUCCUUUAGAAUUCUUUUGUUUAGACUGUUUUGUAUGUAUAUGAACAUACAAAUAUUCACUGCUCAAUGUUUUUAUUUUAAAAAAAAACCUCAAGAUGUUGGUGUACUUAAUGAUUAAUGUUUAAGGAGAACAUUUUUUUUUCUGUAUGUUAAUGCCUGCCUCUCAGAAAUGAAUACACAACUAAGCAAAUGGCAAUUGAUCUCUUUUCUUGGAGACCAUACUAAUUUUCCUUUUAGACAGAAAUUGAUUAUAUAAAAAAGUAAUUUGUUCUUGAUUAAAAAAGUAGUGGGUGACUAAUGAAAAUCCAUCAUUAAUAUUUUUUCCUGAAACUCCAAAACUAUGAGAUGAAAGGCCAACUGCAUCUGUCACACACAGAAGAAUAAGGAAAAUUCCAUCCAUAGUUUUUAUAUAUUUGUAACUAGUCUGCUUUUUUUAGAUAAAGCAUGACAUUUUUGACCUUGUGAGGAGAUAUGGUCAGUGCCUUUAUCAUAUUUCUGUACACAUGUACAAGGUAAGCUACAGAAAAACACAAAUCCCUCUCAAAGAUCCAAGUAGAGUGCCAUAGGAUCAUGUACAAUAACCUCUGUCUCUCAAGAACUGCUUUUUCCACUGUGUAGUUGACACAGACAUGUUUCACUGUGAUAAACUAGGGAAGCUGUUAAUUAGUGAAACUUCACAAAACAUAAUGAAAUCUUCAAGCAAGCAGGGUAUUUGCCACCACCUCUGAGGAACAAGGACCACCACACAUACAGCGCCUUUCAAAAGUUUUUAGUCCUCCUAUAAAAAUGCCCCAUCUUGUAAACCACAAGGUCUUGUGGACCUUAAACUAUGGGGUAGAUAGUAGGAAGCUGGGUCAUGUAGCAAAAGAAUUUAAUGUACAGUAAAUUCAAAUGAGUUGAAAGCCAGUGCAAGGACUCCAAGAGACAAGAGUGAUUUGAUCACUUGCUUGCAACCUAGACAGGAUUCUAGUUGUCUAAUUCUGCAUUAUAGCUUUAUAAUUGUAGUUUUAUAGAUUCCUGGAAGUAAGACAUUACAAUAAUUAUUGCUUGAAUAACUGCAUGACCUACAAACUAUAUAUAUAUCUACAAACAUAGUUGAGCACAGGAGGUUCAAAGUCAAUCGAGCCUAAAACAUCACCACCAAAUUGUUCAUUUUGAAUCAGACCACAGACAAUGUCACCACAUUGGUGACCACAAGUCCCGGCAAUUGACAAAGUUACUGCAUUGGCUUUAGGUAACUGAUUA